CAUUAGACUCACAGUCAUAGCGAUACCUUGCCUCUUUCCAUACAUAUAGUGGAUAUAGUGGACCGUUCAUCGGACUUUACGGGAUUGUCAACCCGUAGCACUGCUCACAUCAGACUCCAACGAGCGACAAAUCGUUGCACCCAGCUCUGCUAUCCCAUAAUACACGUUUGGCUACCAUGGCUCGAGAUCGCACGCCAGAGUUUCGAGCUGCUCUGUCCUCAAUUCGCAACCGUACCCGGGCAUCCAUCGCUCCGGUGAAUGGGUCAAUUCCCAUAGGACAGCGAGACGACUCGAAACAGAACCUCUUGAUCAAUGGAAACGGGAGAGGAACAAGGGGUGCAGGGAAGGAAGGACAGAAGAGCGAGUUUGCUCGGAUGGCAGGGCAGAUCAGCAAAGAUCUGACCCUGACUAUGGGGAAGCUGCAAAAGCUUGCACAACUGGCUAAACGGAAAACACUGUUCGAUGAUCGGCCCGUCGAGAUCUCUGAAUUGACGUACAUCAUCCGACAAGACAUCUCUUCCCUCAACUCUCAAAUCGCUCAACUCCAGGGCUUUGUAAUUCAGCAGAAGAAGGAGACGCAAUCGUCCUCGUCGGCUCAGGGGAAACAAAAGGGCGUGGUCGAGGAGCACAACAACAACGUGGUGAUGAUGCUGCAGAGUCGUUUGGCCAACGUUGGAGUGGGAUUCAAAGAUGUUCUGGAGCUGCGAACCCAGAACAUGAAAGCCAGCAAAGAUCGGACGGAGCAAUUUAUGCAUACCGCAUCAUCGGCGGCGACAGCGCCUCCAUCCCAGAACUCGGUCCUGUUCAACUCCAAUUCGCAAUCAGGCGGAGCUCUCUCAGCAAAUUCUGCCCUGCUUCAACCCACCGACCGCAAGGGCAAAGGUCGAGCGUACCCCUCGUCGUCCCCUCUAUCGGGCUCGACGAAUCCUUCCUCUGAUUUCCUCGCCUUGGACAUGUCCGAGAAGGGUGGUCCGGGCAGCGGGCUUGGAGGUGGUGGACAGAUGCAGCAGGAGCUGGUACUCGAUCGUCAAGACGAAUACAUACAGUCGCGUAGUUCCGCAAUCGAGGGGAUCGAAAGCACUAUUGCGGAGUUGGGGCAGAUCUUCCAGCAAUUGGCUGGAAUGGUUCAGCAACAGGGAGAGAUGGUGCAGAGGAUCGACGCUGACGUGACGGACAUUUCUGCCAAUGUGACCGGAGCUCAGCGGGAAUUGUUGAAAUACUAUGCAUCGAUCACGUCGAAUCGAUGGCUGAUGCUCAAGAUUUUUGGCGUUCUCAUUAUUUUUUUCCUUGUGUUCAUUCUUGUAUCCUGAUCCGAAAGUCACCAAGCCUUGUCCCGUAUCCGAUCAUAUAAUUUGCAUGCUACUUCGCGAUUGGACUGUAGCAGAGCGCAGAGAACGUAGCAAGACAGCCUGAGCACAGGAGCCGAGAGCCGAAGCGGAGGGAGGGGC